AUGUACACUGGGCACUGUAGUCACUACUUCGACUCAUCAGAACAGUUGUCAGAGCAAAGUGACCCUGAGUCCAUGCUGGAGACUGAGUUAGAUGCUUCCCACUGCAAAGGAGGGAGGGGUGUGGGGCAGGGGUUCUUGCUAUUUAAAGAUUUUUGUUUGAAUGAGAUUAAUGACGCUGUUCCUCAGGUGAAGUUUUAUGAAGAGAUAAAGGAGUAUGAGAAGCUGGACAACGAGGAAGACCGCCUGUAUCGGAGCUGGCAGAUCUAUGAUGCCUACAUCAUGAAGGAGAUCCUGUCCUGUUCACAUCCAUUUGCAAAGAAAGCUGUAGAAUACGUACAAAGUCACCUAGCCAAGAAACAAGUGACAUCAACUCUUUUUCAGCCGUACGUAGAAGAAAUCCGUGAAAGUCUGCGUGGUGACAUUUUCCAAAGGUUCAUGGAAAGUGACAAAUUCACUAGAUUUUGUCAGUGGAAAAACGUAGAAUUAAAUAUUCAUUUGACCAUGAACGAUUUCAGUGUGCAUAGGAUCAUUGGUUGAGGAGGAUUCGGGGAGGUGUACUGUUGCCGGAAAGUGGACACAGGGAACAUGUAUGCCAUGAAGUGCCUGGAUAAGAAGAGAGUGAAGCUGAAGCAGGGGGAGACACUGGCCCUGAACGAGUGCGUCAUGCUGGCCCUGGUCAGCACCGGCGACUGUCCCUUCAUCGUCUGCAUGACGUACGCCUUCCACACGCCCAACAAGCUCUGCUUCAUCCUCGACCUCAUGAACGGGGGUGACCUGCAUUACCACCUGUCGCAGCACAGGGUCUUCUCAGAGAGUGAGAUGCGGUUCUACACGGCGGAGGUCAUCCUGGGGCUGGAGCACAUGCACCGGCGCUGCAUGGUCUACCAGGACCUGAAGCCUGCGAACAUCCUGCUGGAUGAGCACGGACAUGUGCGGAUCUCAGAUCUCGGCCUCGCCUGUGACUUUUCUAAGAAGAAGCCAUACUCAAGCGUGGGCACCCAUGGGUACAUGGCUCCCGAGGUGCUGCAGAAGGGAACAGCCUAUGACAGCAGUGCUGACUGGUUCUCCCUGGGCUGCAUGCAGUUUAAGCUCCUGAGAGGGUGA